AUGAAAACAAAACCUUUAACUGUUGCUAAUCCAACUUCAAAGAGAUAUGCAUAUCGUAUAUCAAAGGAGGAAAAUAGAAAUCAAUUAAAACAUGUUGCUUUUGCGAAUAAUGAGAAUGUUAACGACGGAGAUAGUAAAAAAAAUGAUAAACAAAUAAUAGAUUUACCUAAGAAAAAAUUUUAUAGACAAAGAGCUCAUUCAAACCCAUUUUCAGAUCAUCAAUUAGAAUAUCCCAUAAGUCCAGAUAAAAUGGAUUGGUCGAAAUUGUAUCCACGUUAUUAUGAUUCUAAUUUAAAACAAAUGACAAAACAAGUUACAAUUGCAGAUAUUGGUUGUGGUUUUGGGGGUCUUUUGGUAGACUUAUCACCUGAAUUUAGUGACGAUUUGAUCCUGGGGAUGGAGAUUCGUGUUCAAGUGACUAACUACGUUGAGGAUAGAAUAAUUGCUUUAAGAAAUAAUCAUAAAGCUGAGAAUAAAUAUCAAAAUAUUAAUGUUUUAAGAGGUAACGCAAUGAAAUUUUUACCAAAUUUCUUCUAUAAAGGACAGUUAUCAAAAAUGUUUUUCUGUUUCCCUGAUCCACAUUUUAAACAAAGAAAACAUAAAGCGAGAAUCAUCACUAAUACUCUAUUGAGUGUUUAUGCAUAUGUACUUAGAGAAGAUGGUAUUAUCUAUACUAUUACUGACGUCGAAGACUUACAUCAAUGGAUGGUGAAGCAUUUAGACGAGCAUCCAUUAUUUGAAAGGUUGUCUAAGGAAUGGGAAGCAAAUGAUAAAUGUGUUUCAAUUAUGAGAAAUUCUACAGAAGAAGGUAAAAAAGUGGAAAGAAAAAAGGGUACUAAAUAUAUUGCAUGUUAUAAAAGGCUGCCAAAUCCAGUUUGA